UAAUCUAGAUGUUUUUAUCUAGAGCUAAGACCAGCCUCUUAAUUAAACUUGAAUAUGUGUUUAUGUCUCAUAAAGUUGCGUGAUAUGUUUCUUCAAAACUGUUUCUUAUCAAAAUCGGUUUCUUCUCAAAUUCAGCUCGGUUCCAUUUUCCGUCGAUUAAACGAGUCAGACCUUCAUUUUAACUGUGCGCAUAUUUGGACGAUCUUAAAUUUUUGACUAUUUUUUUCUCGUGUAAAUAUACAUUCGAUCGAAGCAUAGACUAACAGCGUGUAUAAUUCUAAAUAAGAUUUGGCUCAUAUCAGAAAAAUAUAAACACUUCAAUUUACUUUAUAUAAAACAACUAGUUGCAAACAAUGAUUUUACUAGCUUAACAUCUACAGAAGCAGUAAAAAUCUGCUGAAAAGUUGUUCAUUUAAAAAAAAAGAUUUUUGACAGAAAAUUAGUUUUGCUUUACGUUUUCUUCCUAAAAUGACAGAAGUUAAAAGUGAUAGUGGAAAACAGACGAAAGUGAAUCAGACGCAAGAAUGGCCUUUGUCUCCAAGAACUUCUGAAAAUCUUCAGGAUGACGAGCGUCGGGCACUGGAGAAAGCGAAAGACUACUGGAAGAUAUCGGAGGACUUGUACUCUGAGUCGACCGAGUGGAAAGUGGCCAAAGAGUCAGAGUUCAUCCAGAUCAGCAGCACUUACUGCGAGUCACUCAACCUCACCAUUUUCAAAGUCAAGUGUGUGAUGAACCAAAACUGGGCCAGAGCACUUGACGUUCUUCUGGACUACCCCUCUUGCCCUAGUUGGAACGACACAUGUGAGACAUGCGAGCUUGUGAUGGACCUCUCCUCGCCCCUGGAUUCGAUUGAAACUACCCUGGAUCCCACUAAAGAGCGCUCAGCUUGGGUGGCAUACAUGAGAAUGUCGGAUUCCGUGUCACGUAUGAUCUCCAAACGGGACUUCUGCACUUGUUUUUUGAUGGAGAAAGGACAAGAUCACGCAUUGUAUGUUGGAACUGGUGCUGAUGUCGUCGCCUGUCCUCCGCUCAAAAAAUGUGUCAGAGGGGAACAGUCAAUUCUUGCCGUCAAAAUAGAGAAAAUCGAUGAAGAUAGUUGUGUGAUGACGCAAUUAGCUUCCAUUAAUUUCAAAGGUAUGUUGUUCCAAACACUUGUUGAUCUCUCUAUGGUCAAAGCUCUGAACACAUUCGCCCAGUGCUUGCGAGAUCACGCGAACAGUUUGAGUGCCGAUCAAAAUCAGAACUCUGAAAAUCAUCACAAAAUACCAGGAAAGAAAUUAUAGUGCAGUAAAUUAAUUAUAUUUUUAAGGCUCAAUAUUUAUUAUAUUUGAGUAUCAGUAUUUGAUUUGCUUAAGCUUGAUUUUGCUUGGACUAGAUCGAUUUAAUUGCUUUACUAAUUAAUAAAACGUUUAAUCAUUAAUGAAUAAUUUACAGCACACCUGCCAUUUUGGCUCCCGGUGUUAUAAAGAAAAUUGGUUUUUACCAAGGUCAUUUUUUUGUCCAAUAGUCUGCUUCUGUAUUAAAUGAUUCUGAUCAUCGAAAUUGUUUAAUUUGUUUGAGAAAGCAAUUCAAAGAUUUCAAAUUGA